UAGUGAUAGAAAAUAGUGGAUUACCCCAAAUAAUUUUCCAUAAUUUAUUCUUUGUUCAAGUCCUAAAGCCCUAAUUUUCCUUCACUUAAAUGUAAAUCUUCUUCGUCUUUUGUUACAAUUGUUGGUUUUGUUGCACAUGGAGAUGCCCAAAGCCGAACUAUCAACACCCUCAUCGUCAUCAUCAUCAUCAUCAUCAUCAGCAUCACUCCAAAAUACAAAAGAAGAUGAAACCCUAAAAACCGUUCCCUUUCCAUCCGCUGGUGAUAGAGCUCCGAAUCAUGAAGAUGAUCUUCGGUCUUUUCUCCUGCCGGAGGCCCACCAUCUUCCUGUCACACCUCCUUCUGCCAUUGAAGCCAAUUUCACUUGUUACUUUGCACUAGAUUUUCUGAAACCCGGGCACGAUCAAUAUAUCUACCGCCACGCAAACGGGUUGUGUGUGAUUGGUUUGGCUCCAACUCAUGUGGCAUUGAAGGAGGAAGGUGGAGUGGUGAGAGUGGAUUUCAAUGUAGGGAAGUCUGACCGGAGUGAAAUGAAGGUUACUGGGAAGCGUAAAAGGAAUGCAAAACAUUUUGAGUCCAACACUGCAUUGUGCAAGGUUUUUACAAAUGGUAAUUUCUUUUUGGCGAGAUGCUGCGUUAAAGGAUCUCUCUUGGAAGUGAAUGAUAGGUUGAUUAAGCAGCCAGAUCUGCUUAACACUUCAGGAUAUAAUCGCUGCUGAAGCGGAGGCCUUUCAUUGUGCGAUCUCUCAAGUCAGAAGGAUGAACCUGCUGGGGAACACCAUCAAUACGGACUGUACAAACCUAGUGGAUGUCGUUAAAUAUGCUGAUCCUGCUAUCCUUUGGAGGUAUUACCGAGCUAUUCACAGUUUUUUGGAGACAAGGGCUAUUUCUGCUGGUUUGAUGGUUGAAGCUAUCCCAGGGGACGACAAUUACUUGGCUGAUGGGCUUGCUGCACACGAGUGUGAGUGUCAUGAGCUGGCUGUAUUUCACAGAGGACUAGAUUUACCACAAUGGAUCAUGGAGCAGAGCAGAUUAGCAGGAUUCACUUUUUAGUUUCUUGAUAUUAGAUGUAAUGUGUUCACAGCUUGUUACAUGGCUGGAGUCUUUAAACCUUUGGUGCUUUGUACAUUGUAUUUCCAGCUACUUGGCUCAUUUAACAAGAAAAAAUUAUA